AUGUUAGGCAUGCAAAACCACUACAUCUUCACGAAGAAGAAGAGGCGACUCUUUGUAAUUUGUAAAAAUGUUUCUUGGAUUACGGGUCGAUUUGGUACGUGGUGCGGCUAUGAGUGCAAGGAAAGAUUAACAUGCAAGAAUCAAAAGAUCAGCGAAAACUUUUAUGUCCGAGGUGAUGGCACGCGUGCUUUCUACUUUUCUAAUGAGUUCUUGAGAAGUUUGUUUAAAGAAAAUGGAUUUGAUAUGGAAGAAUAUGGGUUGUGCUGCAAACAAGUGGAAAAUCGAUCACGGGAAAUAGUAAUGAAUCGGCGUUGGGUCCAAGCUGUAUUUCACUUAGAUGGUGCUAGCUGCCUAUCUAGCACAAAGACUGAAAUCAAGGUAGAGCACGAUAAGGCUCGUACCAAUCCUGAGAUCUUGGAGAACACUUCAGCUGAUCAUGCAAGUGGGCUAGACCUUGACAUAUCUGAGGGACUGGCUGCUGAGAUGUUUGGUAUUUCAGUUUCCAAUGACGAGAUUAUUGAGGUCAUGGUACAAGAUUGGAGCUUCCAGAUAACAGUACUUCCAAAAGAGUACCAACAUACCUGUAAAUCAACUGGGUUAAUGCUUUGGGAAUCAGCCCGGCUGAUGGCUUCUGUUCUUGCGGCAAAUCAAAAUAUUGUUGCAGGAAAAAAGGUGUUAGAGCUGGGAUGCGGCUGUGGGGGAAUCUGCACUAUGGUUGCUACUAAAUCUGCUGACAUUGUGGUUGCCACCGAUGGAGAUGUAAAAGCCCUCGACUUGUUGACCCGCAAUGUUGCUGCAAAUCUCAAAUCACCCUCUCUUGCCAAACUCAUUACGAAAAGACUAGACUGGGGAAAUAGAGAUCAUAUAGAAUCCGUAAAAGGAUUGAAUGAUGAAGGUUUCGAGAUCAUUAUUGGCACGGAUGUAACUUAUGUUCCUGAAGCGAUCAUGCCCUUGUUUGCAACUGCAAAAGAGCUAAUUUCAUCAAACCGAGGCAUUGAAGAGAACUCAGAGCCAGCUUUGAUUCUUUGCCAUGUCUUGCGCAGAGUUGAUGAGCCAUCUCUACUUGCAGCUGCAUCUCAAUUCGGUUUUAGGCUGGUUGAUAGAUGGCCCACUGAUGCAGCAACAGCUUCUCAAAGCAUCAUUAGCACCUGGUUCUCAGAUAACAGUGUUAAAGAGUGCGUUCCGAGUACAGCAUUGAGUAUCAUGUACUUCUACACCGAAAGAUUAACAUGCAAGAAUCAAAAGAUCAGCGAAAACUUUUAUGUCCGAGGUGAUGGCACGCGUGCUUUCUACUUUUCUAAUGAGUUCUUGAGAAGUUUGUUUAAAGAAAAUGGAUUUGAUAUGGAAGAAUAUGGGUUGUGCUGCAAACAAGUGGAAAAUCGAUCACGGGAAAUAGUAAUGAAUCGGCGUUGGGUCCAAGCUGUAUUUCACUUAGAUGGUGCUAGCUGCCUAUCUAGCACAAAGACUGAAAUCAAGGUAGAGCACGAUAAGGCUCGUACCAAUCCUGAGAUCUUGGAGAACACUUCAGCUGAUCAUGCAAGUGGGCUAGACCUUGACAUAUCUGAGGGACUGGCUGCUGAGAUGUUUGGUAUUUCAGUUUCCAAUGACGAGAUUAUUGAGGUCAUGGUACAAGAUUGGAGCUUCCAGAUAACAGUACUUCCAAAAGAGUACCAACAUACCUGUAAAUCAACUGGGUUAAUGCUUUGGGAAUCAGCCCGGCUGAUGGCUUCUGUUCUUGCGGCAAAUCAAAAUAUUGUUGCAGGAAAAAAGGUGUUAGAGCUGGGAUGCGGCUGUGGGGGAAUCUGCACUAUGGUUGCUACUAAAUCUGCUGACAUUGUGGUUGCCACCGAUGGAGAUGUAAAAGCCCUCGACUUGUUGACCCGCAAUGUUGCUGCAAAUCUCAAAUCACCCUCUCUUGCCAAACUCAUUACGAAAAGACUAGACUGGGGAAAUAGAGAUCAUAUAGAAUCCGUAAAAGGAUUGAAUGAUGAAGGUUUCGAGAUCAUUAUUGGCACGGAUGUAACUUAUGUUCCUGAAGCGAUCAUGCCCUUGUUUGCAACUGCAAAAGAGCUAAUUUCAUCAAACCGAGGCAUUGAAGAGAACUCAGAGCCAGCUUUGAUUCUUUGCCAUGUCUUGCGCAGAGUUGAUGAGCCAUCUCUACUUGCAGCUGCAUCUCAAUUCGGUUUUAGGCUGGUUGAUAGAUGGCCCACUGAUGCAGCAACUGCUUCUCAAAGCAUCAUUAGCACCUGGUUCUCAGAGAACAGUGUUAAAGAGUGCGUUCCGAGUACAGCAUUGAGUAUCAUGUACUUCUACACCGUAUAG